AUGGUUGACGAGUGCAAACCCAACACGGAAGACAAUUCGACGAUGCAAUCGCACGGUAGGAAUCUGGGCUUUCGUCCCCAAAAAGAAUUGGUGUAUAAUAAAUUAUUGCCCUACGCGGAUGAGCUCGACGCGGAAUCGCAGAUAUGGCUCGCCGAAAUCAAGGAGAAUUUGGGACGUGCGAUUAUGCUUCGCGAAAUCAGGCCAGGGUGCUCUCUGUGGGCUGCUAGAUUAUACAAAUAUACAUACUUAUAUGGAAUGAAGUUCAGCAAAGAAGACCAUAUAGUAUUUGUUAAAUUAAUGUAUGAGCUCAUUACUAUACCAGAUCUAGAUCCAAAGCUUAUUGAUAAAUUUGGCUCUAUAUUGAUCUCGCUAUUAAAGAGAAAAGAAUUAAUUAGUCCUGAUGAGUUAGAACUUCCGUGGAGACCUCUAUAUGAAUUAGCACAUCCUUUAAAGGGCCGCUCAAUAGUUUCAGCAGGAAUAUAUCGUGAUCCAGCAUGGGUCACCAAUAUAUUACGGUGCUUAAUCCGUGCUAUAAAGCCUUAUUUCCCUUUGAGUGCUACACAAGAAAUAUUAGACGAAUUAAGACCAACGUUCUGUCCGUUUGAUGGGUACACAAUGUGCAUAGGCCUUCAAACUUUAGAGUGUUUUUUACCGUUGCAAUUACCUCCCAAGCAUCAUUCCAUCGGACAUCAGUUAUGGUUCGACGAGUUUAUGACUAUGUGGAAAGUGUGUCAUAAUGCACCGCAGUGGGAGAAUGAUAUGAUGUGGAUAAUGGCAAGAUUAGCAUCUUUCAAUAUUGGAUAUAUCGAUUGGGAGCCACAUUUUCCCUUGAUGUUUACCAGAUUUAUACGGUGCUUAAAUCUACCAGUGACAUACAAGCAAAAACCCACCGGCAGACUUCACAAGAUGGAAGUAACACCAAUAUCUAUGUGGAUAAUAGCAGUUUUGGGGAAUGGUUCAAGUGCACAAAUGUACUUGGAAAAAUUUCUGAAAACUAUAGAAACAUAUUUUUAUCCAGCAAACUUUGGACGAUGGAUAGGAAAGUUGAAAGAACUUCUUAUCAAACUUCCAUAUCAUUUUAUCUUACGCCUACACAAAGAGAGAUAUGCCAAGCCAACAUGGGAAACUCCAAUUCCUGAUAAUCAUAAAUUAACCGAUAGCGACAUCGAUGCCUUCGUGAAAAGUAUGAUGCCGGUAGCCAUGACAGCUAUGUUCAGCAAGUUUGGCGUGAACGAUGCUUGCGAUGCUCUACAGUACCUCGCUACUAUGAGACCGAAUCUAGUGAUACCAGAUAUGUUAGAACGGAUGUAUUCUACAUUCGAUUCCCUAACAGAACCCCAUAAACUUACAGCUUCGAUGAUUUGUAUGGUAGCCGUUGCUAGACCGAUGGUGCAGGGCUCUAGAAACAUAAACAAAGAUUACACCUAUCCGGAUGGACCAACGCACGUACUGCCGCUUCUGUUCUCGUCCUUACCCGGGAUCGAUCCGAACGAUUUCGCAAAGUGUUUAGCCACGUUCCGUCUUAUUUCCGUUUACGCCACGAUGAUUCCCAUCGUGGAUUCCUCGAGGUCGACCGCGGACAUGACCGAGGAGGAGAGGAUGAUUUGCGAAGCGACGUCGCGCUUCGAGGAUUUUGUACUGCAGUUCUUGGACAGAGUGUUCAUGUUCAUAGACUCCAGUUCUUUGGAGUACGUACGGCCUGAAAGUCGUGACAAUGAUCUGAAGAGUAAGCUGGAAUCGGUGGCGGAGACAGCACUUUCCGGAGUAUGCACGACCCUCUUGAUCGAGACUAGCGACACGAUCUUCGAAAGCGCUUUGCACAAGUUGCGCACGUUCAUAACUGAACGAAUCCUCGAGACCAAAGUGGCCGGUCAGCUGGCGGCGGGCGUGUGCAAGAGUUUCUCUCGUUUUAACGGACGCGACACGUUGCGCGCGUUGGUACCUGUUCUAGCGCAAACGAUCUUGCCCGCGGUUGGCGAGGGAGAGGACGUGUUGAAGGAGGAAAACUUGGAUCAUCGACUUCUGCACGCCAUGCUUAUAUUGACUGCGGUUGUCGACACGCCGGGCAAUAAUCUGUUACCGCAUAUGGACACGUUGUCGAAGGUCCUUGAUUACGUCCUGCUAAUGAAGUCGACAAAUGGGAAUAAGUUAGCCUGCCACUUAUUAAAGUGCAUUCUCACGUCAUUGUCGACAAUCACUCUGUACCAGUAUAAGUCUACCACGAAAGACUACAACGAUCCCAAUUACCCCUACGUCAGGGAUUGGGGUCAAAGUAUAGAUAUCCACAAGUUCCAUAUCAAAUGGUACACUCCCGGCGCGGAAGAGAUCGCUACUAUACAACGAAUAUUCUCAAGAUAUUUAACAGCUCCGAUCGAGAAACUCAAACGCUAUUGUGCAGAUUCUAGUACAUUAACUAGGGAUGAGCUGUUCGUCUGUCUGAAUAUCGUAUGCAGCAUUAUCAGAGGUUGCGAAUCUGUUCUACCGGUGUGGAAGGAAACGCCGCUCGAAUUAGUGAAGUCUUCUUUAAAGUGGACACCUGUGAUGCCUACGUGCGGAAUGAAGGGUCACAUCACGAUGCCUGAUGGAGACAACGUUAGGCAUUAUCUCGCUGGAGUCAUGAGCGAGGUUCAACGGGCAAUGCUUGAAAAUGCGGAAGACAAUACGAAAAGUUUCUUUGUAUUAAUACGGAUUUGGACUAGUCUGUUACUGAAUAAAAUACGAUUGCGCGAGUCGCACGAAGAGAGACGGAAGAAUUUCCAAGCGGCAAAAAAGAUGUUCGAAGAUAAAUUGGUGGAGAAUAAGUGCCGAAUAGGUCCCAUAAUAUUGGAGCGUUGUGACAUCCAGCACGAAGCACGACUACUCUCACAAUCAGUUGCCUUGACGGAGACUCACAAGCGGAUAAUGUUGGAGUUGUUCACGCUUGCCAUAAGCAGAUACGCGGACGUGCGUUUGAAAGCACAAGCAAGCCUCUUCUCUGCCCUUAACUGUUUUCCAUAUUCUUUCACAUUUAUAGUGCCCCAUCUUAUCGAUAUUCUGGCGAAAGAUACCGAGAAGCAUCAUGACGCAUAUAAGGGUGUUUUGUACAUGUUAUUCGGACCGCAAAAUGAUCCCAUAAUCACAGUACAAUACUGGAGCAUAUUGCGACCAUUGUGGCCAGCUAUCGUACUCUCCAAGCCAUCCGAGAAACUUUCUGUGAUCCGACUGAAAGAAGAUAUUGUAAAUACUGUAAGUAAAUGUUUUGUUACACCCACUAUCGAGCUCGAGGUGCCCGACUCGUGUCUGACGGCUGCGCGCGCAUUGUGGGAUCACUUUCCACGACCGGCUCUGCCGCAACCCAGUGAAGACGAGAUACAGGAAGGUGUGCGGAACUUGAAGCAACUCGGUGAAUUUAAUCUGGCAGCGUACAAUGGUCUGCUCGACGAAUUGUUACGUUGCAUACUCGAAGAAUCCUUACACUGGCGACACAGAUUAAUGGCGAUGAGUUUCAUCCGGGACUUGGUACAUCCGGAUAAGAUCUAUCCCGCGAAGAUAGUACGUUAUUUUCUACAAGCGCUCGUACAUGAUUCCUUGGAGGAGAGGAAGAUCGCUAUCAAGAUAGUGGUGUUUAUGUUAAGGCAGCAAAAACGAAAACAUCCGAAGAUAACAGUUGAUGUGCGUAGCUUGUCGCAAAAGACCGUAAACGAGGAGGAACAGUCGCAAAUUAUCACACCCGGAAUAAGAGCGGACAAUUCUUGGCUUCAGUACGAUUACAAGACUCGUCCGUUGACUGCCGAGCAAUGGGACGAGCCUAGAUACGUUCAUAUGCCAUGCAUCGGCUAUUACGUUUGGCCGAAAACUUUAGAAGUGUACGCUCCUUCGUCUCAACAACCCUGCCUCGAUCCGGAAGUGCGUGAGUUAACGGACUGUGAGAGGGAAGUCGAUCUCUUCUUCAACGAUCCGCAGAACAUCAAGAAGUUAAUAAGCUAUCUGAGCCUGGAGGAGAAGAAAGGCAAGGACAAAUUCAGCACGUACAGGAGCUUUCUAUUCAAAGGUCUGUUUCGCAAUCACGGUAUCGUGCAUCUGAAGCAUUUCCUGCCGCAUUUGCAAAGAUUGGUAACGGAUAAGCACGAGAGCAGCCAACGAUGCGUCGCAGAAAUUACAGCUGGCAUUAUCAGAGGUGCCAAGCACUGGCCGUUUCAGAUGACAUGCGAAAUGUGGCAGUCAUUAUUACCCAUCGUGAGAACCGCGCUCUCGAAUGUGACAGAAGAGACCGUCGUGGACUGGGGUUUAUGUUUCGGGACAGUGCAACAACGUCGGGAUCCGAACAGACAUCAUUGGCUGUUGGAGUGUUUGAUGGAGGAGGCGCCUUUGAAAGAUUCAGAGUCUUCAUUCGUGGAGUGCAGUCGUCUAUAUGUACUGCAAACCGUUUUGAGUCAACAGCUAUGGCGGGUGAACGAGUUACUGCAGCGUUUGUUGAUGCGCCUGGAGAACAGAUUACUAACCAACCCGUUUCAGAACGUGAGGAUGCGUCUGGGAUCGAUACUGGCUACUGUGUUCGACAUUGAUCUUAGAUUUUCGCACAGUUCACAUGACACAGCGACUCCACGUAUGCAAACUCUGAUCGAUAAGGUCGUGCCGAUAUUAGAACGACUUGUAGAGGAUACAACCAAUGACAAAUUGCGUAAUCACGAAAGAGAAGAUAGUUUGUUGGAGAAAGUGGCUAGUGUGUCGUUCGACGAAACGAAAGAAAAUUCAUUGUGCGUGGAGACAUUGAAGACGGAAGAGCAAGAAGUGCCUAGAAGAUUGCUAAAAACCGUCUGCAAGUGGAUCACUGUUAGCUUGUUGCGUUCGCAGUACGGCGCGAGGCCAGGAUUUUAUCAGAUAUUCCCGAUUAUAUGUCAAUUGGAAAGUUCAGAGACGGAUGAGGAGCUUAGUAAAUCAUGUUUAUGCACUUUGGCGUAUCUUGCGCAAGCGUUUACAUUGCCGGAGGAUAUGCCGAUAGCGCUGACCUCGGUGAAGACGAUAUCCGAACACACGUCGUGGUCGGCCAGAUUCACCAGCUUGGAGUUUCUUCAAGUGUUAGUUUUUCACAAUAUGGGCAUAAUUCUUAGUAACGUAUCAUGGGUCGACAGCGUCAAGAGUAUCGUUCUACACUUGUUGGAAGAUGAGCGUUUAGAGGUUAGAGAGAAGGCCAGUCAGGUGCUUGGUGGACUGUUGCACUGCACGUUUAUUGAGGAUCAAGGAAAGUUAUUGGAGGAGUUCAAGAGAAAGGCGAAAACUCGAUUACAUAAGAAGAACAAUCACGGCGACGAGAAUGCAUCGAGAAAUGCGAAAAUCGACGCGAUACGUAUACGUCAUGCUGGUGUCCUCGGACUAUGCGCUUUCAUUCGUGCUCAUCCGUACGACGUGCCGAAAUACGUACCGCCGAUCUUUGAACAUCUUGGCCUUCACAUGAACGAUCCGCAGCCUAUACCGAUGACAAUAAGAAAAACACUGAGCGAUUUCAAGAGAACACAUUACGACAGCUGGACAGGCAUGAAUGGUCACGCGCAGAGUUUCACGGAAGAGCAAUUGGCCGUCCUGCAGGAUUUAACGGUGCCACCAUCGCAUUACGCUUGAAUGGGAAUUAAAAUAUAUAGUACAAUUUUCUUAUACGAUAUCACAUGCGAACACGAAACUGUCAGUCGUAACGUUAAUUGCGGUGAGAAUAUCGUCCGUUCGAGAGAACUGUAGCAUGAUCAUUAAAUAUUGAAUGAAUCGAAUUAAAAAUGUCCGUAUGUACUUUUCAUUUUCUAUUCAGCUUGGCAUAUAAGAAGUAAUACUUUCAUACGAUAAACGAUAGGCCGGCGACACGAAAGUAAUUGAAUGUGAAUAUGACUAAGUAUCCAAAAAUCUUAAACAACAUUUGUAUGUAUGUGUUUGUUAACGUAUAUGUCUCGUCGAUUAUCCCGAGGCCUAUUUGUAAUUUAAGUCCCGGAGGUAUAAGGAAAGUGGUGUUCAAUAAAGUUUAAGAUGAAAAUAUAUUCAGACAUAUAUUAGCGUAGAAACUUUUUAUUAGACUUUGUUACACAUGUUUAAGCAAAGUGGUCAAUUUUAACAAUAUAUCGAAUUUUGUUACACUUAACUUGACAUAAAUGUGAUUAUUUUUUUUAUAAACAUGAUUUCACACACACAAACACACAAUUUAAUGAAUCAUUUUAUUAUAUAUAGAUAAUAUAAUAUCAUAGAUUUUUAUAUUGUC